AUGAGAGAUAUAACGGGUAACAAAAAGUCGUUUGGUGGUAAGAUUGUUAUUAUGGGAGGUGAUUUCCACCAGGUUCUUCCAGUCGUACCAAAAGCUUCAAGGGGGAAAAUGGUUGAUUCGUGUCUUACCAGGUCGCCUCUAAGGAGACAUGUAGAUGUUCUUCGUCUGAAGAAUAAUAUGCGUGCAGUGGGCGAUACGUCUUAUUAUGAUUUCUUGAUGCGAGUUGGUGACGGAAAUGAACCUUCUGCGGAAAAUGACAUGAUAAAGAUGCCACAAGAUAUGGUGAUACCCUGGACUGGUGAAGAUUCAGUGUCCCAACUGAUAGAUGCUACCUUUCCCGACUUGGCAGAUAAUUCUGAGGAUCAAGAUUACUUGCUUAACCGGGCACUUAUCACACUACUGAAUGAGCAUGUCGAUAAGUUAAAUGAUCGAGUGUUGAACGGAAUAUCACCUGGUGGUUUACCUCCUCAUGAGUUGAAAUUGAAGCUAGGAGCACCCAUUAUGUUACUGAGGAAUGUUAGUGCCAAGAACGUAUUAUGCAAUGAUACUAGGCUUAUCAUAAAGAAGUUAUUUUCAAAUUGUAUCGAUGCAGUGAUCCUUAGUGGAAAUUCAGCGGGUAAAAGAGUAUUUAUCCAUAGGAUGCCAAUGAGCCCCCCAGAAAAUCUUGAGAUGCCGUUCAAGAUGAUUCACAAGAAAUUCCCAGUACGUAUGUGCUUUGCAUUCACAAUCAACAAAGCACAAGGACAAACAAUUGAAAACACUGGUAUUUAUCUUUCCGAGCAUGUCUUCAGUCAUGGGCAAUUGUAUGUUGCGCUUUCAAGGGGUGUUUCAAGCAACAACACUAAAGUGUUAAUCAAAAAAGGAAACGUUGAUGAUAAAGUUGGAAUAUUCACCAAGAACGUUGUGUACAAGGAAGUUCUUACGUCCUCUUAG